CAGAGCUCCUCCCCACCAUUCUGUUUCACUCUUCUUGCUCUCUCCCCACUGUUAAACUUCGGCUCUCUCUCUCUCUCUCUCUCUCUCUCUCUCUCUCUCAUGCUCUGACUCGCUGAAGAAAAAGGAAAAACCGUGCUGAUUAACAUGUAAAAGGGCAAAAACAAGGGCUACAUUGAUGCUGGUGGGGUCUCUCUUCCUGACCCAAAAUGCAGAGCUUUUAGACCUUCUUAUACAGCCAUUUUGUUCUCUGUUAUUGCCUAGCCACAAUGGGGAGGAAUUGGGUCGUCUUGCUUCUCAUCUUUGCCUUUUCAUUUUCUGGGUUUUCAUCAGUUUCAGCCACGCCGCCUGCAAAAAUUGUUGGUGGGGUCGUUUCGAAUGUUGUCUCUGGCCUGAUUAAGUGGCUGUGGUCGCUAAAAUCGUCUGCCACCGAAACAGCGGUUUCUAGCCGUUCGAUGAUGAAAUUUGAAGGUGGGUACAACGUCGAAACCGUCUUCGAUGGCAGUAAACUUGGAAUCGAUCCCUACUCGGUUGAAGUCUCUCCAGCUGGGGAGCUUUUGGUUUUGGACUCCGAGAACAGUAACAUUUACAGGAUUUCAACUCCAUUGUCUCGAUAUACCCGGCCGAAGCUGAUUGCUGGAUCACCUGAAGGGUACUCGGGCCACGUGGAUGGGAGGCCAAGAGAAGCUAGGAUGAACCACCCGAAAGGGAUUACUGCUGAUGACAGAGGAAAUAUCUAUGUUGCAGACACUUUGAAUAUGGCAAUCAGGAAGAUCAGUGAUGCAGGGGUCGUCACUAUCGCAGGAGGGAAAUGGGGCAGAGGAAGCGGUCAUGUUGAUGGUCCAAGCGAAGAUGCAAAAUUCUCAAAUGAUUUUGAGGUCACUUAUAUUGGAAGUAGCUGCUCUAUUUUGGUUGUAGACAGAGGAAACCAGGCAAUUCGAGAGAUUCAACUCCAUGAAGAUGACUGUACCCACCAUGACGAUGGAAAUCUCCACCUAGGGAUAGCAGUCCUUGUUGCUGCAGCGUUCUUCGGUUACAUGUUGGCCUUGCUACAGCGUAGAGUCAGCGCUAUGUUGUCGUCCCGCACUGAUCCUGAAACUUCAGCUAGAAAAGGAACACCGCCCCCAGCUUAUCAAAGACCUGUUAAAUCUGUGAGGCCACCUUUGAUUCCAACGGAAGACGAAUAUGAUGAUAAGCCUGAAGAAGGCUUAUUCGGUUCAUUGGCUAGGCUCAUCUUCAACGCCUGCUCAGCUGUCCUCGAAAUCUUCACGAGCUUAUUCUUUGGCAGAAAGAAACCUCCCCGGAAUCAUCUUCUGCAGCAGCAGCAUUACCACCAGCAAGCAAUGAAACAUUCAAAUGCAUGGCCCAUGCAAGAGAGCUUUGUGAUUCCAGAUGAAGAUGAGCCCCCAUCGAUAGAAACCCGAACUCCUACCUCUGGAAAAGCCUAUCAGUAUAUGCCGAGGGAGAUGGACAACCACCAGUUCAAGCGGAGCCGAUCCUUCCACGGUGGCUGGAAUGGCGGAUUUCCGCAGCAAGCUCCCGUGCAGCAGCAGCAGCAUCAUCAGAGGCAUUACUCGUCCAGCCCUAAAACUUACUACGAGCAGAGCUGUGAGACGAAUGAGAUCGUGUUUGGUGCGGUUCAGGAACAGGACGGGCGUCGAGAAGCAGUUGUCAUAAAGGCAGUUGACUAUGGCGAUCCCAUGUACAAUAACCAUAACAUUAAGUCCCGGUAUAACUAUAUGGGUUACUCCUAUGGCUAUUGAUCUUCUGCGUGCAGGAAGGGAGGUGAAUGAGAUAUGGAGAUGGACAAUGCAGAUCAAGAUCAACGCAACCAUACUUUUGAUUUCUUCUUCCUUUUCUUUCUUUGCAGUAGUUGCGUUUGUUUCUGGGACCUGUUGCUGACUGAACUUAUUGUGUAAGAAAGUAGCAAGAUGAAGAUGAAGGUGAAGAUGAUCUGUACUUCUCUCCUGACUAUAUAUCAAAAGAAUCAAACUAUAUAUAGCUCGUUUGAAUGUGCUCUUGCUCUCAAGCACAGCCAACACCUGGAGGGUGACUUAUAUUCUGUUAAAAUCGAAUUUAUGAGCAAAAC